GCCUGCUCCGGGACCUCCUUCGCUCCGCUCGGAGCUGGAUGCAUUUUUCAUGAGCGCUGGGUGAACAGGUGCAAAGUGCGGCGGGGCGGCCCAGCCCCGCACCCCGGCCCGCUUCGGGGCGGCGUGUGCGUGUGUCGGUGUGUCGGUGUGUGCCUGUCUGUCCGGCCGUCCGGCCGUGUGUGUGUGUGUGUGUGUGUGCGCCCCGGCGUGUGCAUGUGUGCGAGUGUGUACUAGGAGAUUAUGGAGAGCAGCGACCGGGACAUGUACCGCCAGUUUCAAGACUGGUGCCUCAGGACUUACGGGGACUCAGGAAAAACCAAGACGGUGACCCGUAAAAAAUACGACCGGAUCGUCCAGCUCCUGAACGGCUCCGAGUCGAGCUCCACGGAUAAUGCCAAAUUCAAAUUCUGGGUCAAAUCUAAAGGCUUCCAGCUCGGCAACUCGGACGAGGUCAGUGGUGGUGCUGGAGGAGGGAAGCAAGUGCUGUACGUGCCAGUCAAAACCACGGAUGGCGUAGGUGUAGAUGAGAAGCUGUCUUUACGGCGGGUAGCCGUCGUAGAAGAUUUCUUUGACAUUAUCUAUUCCAUGCAUGUUGAGACUGGGCCUAAUGGAGAACAAAUCAGAAAACAUGCUGGACAAAAGAGAACAUACAAAGCUAUUUCGGAGACCUAUGCCUUCCUACCGAGAGAAGCGGUGACACGGUUUCUAAUGAGCUGCUCAGAGUGCCAGAAAAGAAUGCAUUUGAACCCAGAUGGAGCGGAUCAUAAAGAUAAUGGAAAACCUCCAACUUUAGUGACCAGCAUGAUCGAUUACAACAUGCCAAUUACAAUGGCUUACAUGAAACACAUGAAGCUGCAGCUGCUAAAUUCACAGCAAGACGAGGAUGAAAGCUCUAUAGAAAGUGAUGAGUUUGAUAUGAGUGACUCCACUAGGAUGUCAGCUGUAAACUCUGACCUCAGCUCCAAUCUGGAGGAGAGAAUGCAAAGUCCUCAGAACCUCCAGGGCCAGCAGGAUGAUGAUUCAGCCGCAGAGAGUUUUAAUGGCAAUGAAACCGUGGGACACAGUUCCAAUGCUUCAGGGGGAACACACUGCAGGGAGAUGGCAGAAACCAACAGUAAUGGCAAAACAAAUCUGGAGCAGGAUGAGCAGCCUCUGAACCUGAGUGACAGUCCCCUCUCUGCUCAGCUGACUUCAGAAUACAGACUAGAUGAUCACAGCAGUAAUGGAAAGAACAAAUACAAGACUCUCCUAAUUUCUGAUCUCAAGAUGGAACGGGAGGCAAGAGAAAAUGGAAGCAAGUCCCCUGCACAUAGCUAUUCAAGCUAUGACUCUGGCAAGAAUGAGAGUGUAGGCAGAGGUGCUGAAGAUCUGUCUCUGAAUCGAGGAGAUGAGGAUGAGGAUGACCAUGAUGAGCAGGAAGAUCCUGAGAAGGUUAAUGAAUCAGAUGGGGUAGAAGCUGAACGACUGAAAGCUUUUAAUAUGUUUGUCAGGCUGUUUGUAGAUGAAAACUUGGACCGAAUGGUCCCAAUCUCUAAGCAGCCCAAAGAAAAGAUCCAGGCUAUCAUUGACUCAUGCAGGCGACAAUUCCCUGAGUAUCAAGAGCGUGCCAGAAAGCGCAUACGUACUUACCUCAAGUCCUGCAGGCGGAUGAAAAGAAGUGGUUUUGAGAUGUCACGACCUAUUCCCUCACACCUUACUUCAGCAGUUGCAGAGAGUAUCCUGGCUUCCGCCUGCGAGAGUGAAAGCAGAAAUGCUGCCAAAAGGAUGCGGCUGGAUAGACAGCAGGACGAGGCUGCUCCAGCUGACAAGCAGUACAAACAGGAGCCAGCCCAGGUCACUUACUCAACAUCAGCUGUUUCCAGCACGCAGGAGGUGUUGUACAUCAAUGGCAAUGGGACCUACAGUUACCAUAGUUACAGAGGGCUCGGAGGUGGGCUGCUAAAUCUCAAUGAUGGUUCUAGCAGUGAUCUGCAGCCUACCUCCACCACAGCCUCAACUCAGCACUGCAUACCAGGCACCACAAACGUCCAGUCCCCUUCCAGCUCAGGUCCAACAGAUCUCAGUAUGAAGAGGCAGUUAGCAACCAGCUCUGGAUCCUCCAGUAGUUCCAGCUCUAGACCCCAGCUGAGUCCCACUGAAAUAAACGCAGUGAGGCAGCUCGUGGCAGGGUACCGAGAAUCAGCUGCGUUUUUAUUGCGCUCUGCAGAUGAACUGGAAAACCUUAUUCUGCAGCAGAACUGAGUCACCCGACCUUCACACCGGCCUGGGCUUAUCUCAGAGUUUCCACUAAUGACAUUUUGAUUUCCCAGAGCACACACUUCAGUUACUGCACAGUCUUUUAGGGGAGUUAAUUACCAUAAUGCCACACUGUUCUUGAUCCAUAAAGUGAUGUGUUAAGGUGCUUCAAAGUGAACUUCGACCUCUGGUAUUUCCAAGGUACUUUCCUGUGUCCAGCCUAUUGCUUUUGUUUUAGUGUGUCAGCAUAAAUAUCGAAACAGUGGCUAGGAAUUAACUCCUUCUAACAAGUGGAGCAAACAGAAGAUGCUGUGAUGGUUUAAAAACAAAACCAAACCAAACCAACCAAACAAAAGAAAGGAAAAACAAACAAACAAAAAGGCAAACAAACAAAAAAGGUUCAAGAUCCAAGUGCAAUAUUAGUGGAAUGUGAUACUGACUCAUUGGACUUAAAGCUGCAGUAUAUGGCAAGAGGUUGCCAAAUGUCCUGUUGCUGCAGGGCACGAUUGCAAUUCAAAGGAUCUUGUAUUUUAAACAAAUGUAAUUUUUAUAAGAAAAAAGGAAAAAAAAAACAAGAUGAAAGAAAUUUUUUUGUUUUCAUUCAAGAUUUUUUCAUUUUUACUUUCGUAAACUUUUUCACUGGUCCUGAAAAUGUUUUGAGGAGCUAUUUUAAGUCCCCCUCCCUCCCAACUUCCUCUCUUGAACCCCUGACUGUACCCUUCUCCCCAACUUCAUAUUCUUUCUACAACGAGUAACUCUUGAUGCUGGAUAAUUC